CCCGCCGGCGGGGGUGGAGGAAGCGAAGAAGCAGAGGGAGGAGUUGCCGCUGCCGCCGCCACGGCCACAGCCACUGCCGCUCCUGUGACUUGUCCCGGCGUGUGAGAUCGGAGCCUGCGCGCGUGGAUUUGUCGCUGCCACGGGCUGCGUAGCUCCAGAGGUUUACCCAUAGGACAGAAAACCCAGGAAUGUAAAGAAAGCAAAAUGGAUCCAAGUGUGGAUGUGAAUUCUGUCACCAUCUCUGUUGAGGGGAUGACGUGUAGUUCCUGUGUUUGGACGAUUGAGCAGCAGAUUGGAAAACUGAGUGGUGUCCAUCACAUUAAAGUUUCACUGGAAGAAAAAUGUGCAACUAUUAUUUAUGACCCUAAACUACAGACUCCAAAGACCCUACAGGAAGCUAUUGAUGAUAUGGGCUUUGAUGCCAUUCUCAACCAUCCUAACCCUCUGCCUGUUUUAACUGACACCGUGUUUCUCACUGUUACUGCUUCACUGUCUCCACCAUGGGACCAUAUCCAAAGUACAUUGCUCAAGACCAAGGGUGUGACAGACAUUAAAAUUUCCCCUCAGCAAAGAACUGCAGUGGUGACAAUAAUCCCUUCUGUAGUGACUGCCAAUCAGAUAAUAGAGCUGGUUCCAGAUCUCAGUUUAGAUAUUGGAACUCUGGAGAAAAAGUCAGGAACUUGUGAAGAUUACAGUAUGGCUCAAGCAGGUGAAGUCAUGGUGAAGAUGAAAGUGGAAGGGAUGACCUGCCAUUCCUGCACUAGCACGAUUGAAGGAAAAAUUGGGAAACUGCAAGGUGUUCAGCGAAUUAAAGUCUCCCUGGACAACCAAGAAGCUACUAUUGUUUAUCAACCUCAUCUUAUCACAGUCGAGGAAAUCAAAAAGCAGAUCGAAGCUGCGGGCUUUCCAGCAUUCAUCAAAAAACAGCCCAAGUUCCUCAAAUUGGGAGCUAUUGAUAUAGAACGUCUCAAGAACACACCAGUCAAAUCCUCAGAAAGACCACAGCAAAGGAGUCCAUCAUGUACCAAUGAUUCAGCAGUCACUUUCAUCGUAGAUGGCAUGCAUUGUAAAUCAUGUGUGUCAAAUAUUGAAAGUGCUUUAUCUACACUCCAAUAUGUAAGCAGCGUAGUAGUUUCUUUAGAGAAUAGGUCUGCCAUAGUAAAGUACAAUGCAAGCUUAGUCACUCCAGAAACCCUGAGAAAAGCAAUAGAGGCUAUAUCACCGGGGCAAUAUAGAGUCAGCUUUCCAAGUGAAGUUGAGAGUACCUCAAACUCUCCCUCCGGCUCCUCUCUUCACAAGAUUCCUUUGAACAUAGUUAGCCAGCCUCUCACUCAAGAAACCGUGAUAAACAUUGAUGGCAUGACUUGUAAUUCUUGUGUGCAGUCUAUUGAGGGUGUCAUAUCAAAAAAGGCAGGUGUGAAAUCCAUACGAGUAUCCCUUGCAAAUGGCAAUGGGACUGUUGAAUAUGAUCCUCUACUAACCUCUCCAGAAACUUUGAGAAAAGCAAUAGAAGACAUGGGAUUUGAUGCUACUUUGUCAGAUACAAAUGAGCCGUUGGUAGUAAUAGCUCAGCCCUCUUCAGAAGUGCCACUUUUGACCUCAACUAAUGAAUUUUGUCCUAAAACGAUGACACCAACGCACGACAAGGAGGAGGCAAAGACUUCAUCUAAGUGUUACAUACAGGUCACUGGUAUGACUUGUGCUUCCUGUGUAGCAAACAUUGAGCGGAAUUUAAGACGAGAAGAAGGAAUAUAUUCUGUACUUGUGGCUCUGAUGGCUGGCAAGGCAGAAGUAAGAUAUAAUCCUGCUGUCAUACAACCCCCAAUUAUAGCUGAGUUCAUCCGAGAACUUGGGUUUGGAGCCACUGUAAUAGAAAAUGCUGAUGGCGGAGAUGGCAUUUUGGAACUUGUUGUGAGAGGAAUGACAUGUGCCUCCUGUGUACAUAAAAUAGAGUCUACCCUCACAAAACACAGAGGGAUCUUCUACUGCUCUGUGGCCCUGGCAACCAACAAAGCACAUAUUAAAUACGAUCCAGAAAUUAUUGGUCCCAGAGAUAUUAUCCAUACAAUUGAAAGCUUAGGUUUUAAAGCUUCUUUGGUCAAGAAGGAUCGGUCAGCAAGCCACCUAGACCAUAAACGAGAAAUAAGACAAUGGAGACGGUCCUUCCUUGUGAGCCUAUUUUUCUGUAUUCCUGUAAUGGGGCUGAUGAUAUAUAUGAUGGUUAUGGACCACCACCUUGAAACUCUUCACCAUAAUCAGAACAUAAGUCAAGAAGAAAUGAUCCACAUUCAUUCUUCUAUGUUCCUGGAGCGCCAGAUCCUGCCAGGAUUGUCCAUUAUGAAUUUGCUAUCCUUUUUAUUGUGUGUACCUGUACAGUUUUUCGGAGGCUGGCACUUCUACAUUCAGGCCUACAAAGCACUGAAGCAUAAAACUGCGAAUAUGGACGUGCUGAUUGUGCUGGCCACCACCAUUGCAUUUGCCUACUCUUUGGUUAUUCUUCUGGUUGCAAUGUAUGAGAGAGCCAAAGUGAACCCUAUUACUUUCUUUGACACGCCUCCUAUGCUUUUUGUGUUUAUUGCACUAGGCCGGUGGCUGGAACAUAUAGCAAAGGGCAAAACCUCAGAGGCUCUUGCCAAGCUAAUUUCACUACAAGCUACAGAAGCAACUAUUGUAACUCUUGACUCUGAUAAUAUCCUCUUGAGUGAAGAACAAGUGGAUGUGGAACUUGUACAACGUGGAGACAUCAUUAAAGUGGUUCCAGGAGGCAAAUUUCCAGUGGAUGGUCGUGUUAUUGAAGGACAUUCUAUGGUAGAUGAGUCUCUCAUCACAGGGGAGGCAAUGCCUGUGGCCAAGAAACCUGGCAGCACAGUAAUUGCUGGUUCCAUUAACCAGAAUGGGUCACUACUUAUCCGUGCAACCCACGUUGGAGGAGACACAACCCUUUCUCAAAUUGUCAAACUUGUGGAGGAGGCGCAAACAUCCAAGGCUCCUAUCCAGCAGUUUGCAGACAAACUCAGUGGCUACUUUGUUCCUUUUAUUGUUAUUGUUUCCAUUGCUACCCUCUUGGUUUGGAUUAUAAUUGGAUUUCUGAAUUUUGAAAUUGUGGAAGCCUACUUUCCUGGCUACAACAGAAGUAUCUCCCGAACAGAAACAAUAGUACGCUUUGCUUUCCAAGCCUCUAUCACGGUUCUGUGCAUUGCAUGCCCUUGUUCACUGGGACUGGCCACUCCAACUGCUGUGAUGGUGGGUACAGGAGUAGGUGCUCAAAAUGGCAUCCUAAUCAAAGGUGGAGAGCCACUGGAGAUGGCUCAUAAGGUAAAGGUAGUGGUAUUUGAUAAGACUGGAACCAUUACCCAUGGAACCCCAGUAGUGAAUCAAGUAAAGGUUCUAGUGGAAAGUAACAGAAUGUCACGCAAUAAGAUCCUGGCUAUUGUGGGAACUGCUGAAAGUAACAGCGAACACCCUCUAGGAGCAGCCAUAACGAAAUACUGCAAGAAGGAGCUGAACACUGAAACCUUGGGUACCUGCACAGAUUUCCAGGUUGUGCCAGGCUGUGGUAUUAGCUGCAAAGUCACCAAUAUUGAAGGAUUCCUGCAUAAGAAUAACUGGAAGAUAGAGGAAAAUAAUAUUAAAAAUGCAUCCCUGGUUCAAAUUGAUGCAAGUAAUGAACAGCCAUCCACUUCAUCUUCCAUAAUUAUUGAUGCCCAGCUCUCAAAUUCUCUUAAUUCUCAGCAGUACAAAGUCCUCAUUGGUAACCGGGAGUGGAUGAUUAGAAAUGGUCUUGUCAUUAACAACGAUGUAGAUGAUUCUAUGAAUGAACAUGAGAGAAAAGGUCGUACUGCUGUAUUGGUGGCAGUUGACGACGAGCUGUGUGGCUUGAUAGCUAUUGCUGAUACAGUGAAGCCUGAAGCAGAAUUGGCUGUCCAUACUCUGAAAUCGAUGGGCUUAGAAGUAGUUCUGAUGACUGGAGACAACAGUAAAACAGCUCGGUCUAUUGCUUCUCAGGUUGGCAUUACUAAGGUGUUUGCUGAAGUUCUACCUUCCCACAAGGUUGCUAAGGUGAAGCAACUUCAAGAGGAGGGGAAACAGGUAGCAAUGGUAGGAGAUGGAAUCAAUGACUCCCCAGCUCUGGCGAUGGCUAAUGUUGGAAUUGCCAUUGGCACAGGCACAGAUGUAGCCAUUGAAGCAGCCGAUGUGGUUUUGAUAAGGAAUGAUCUUCUGGAUGUAGUGGCAAGUAUUGACUUAUCAAGGAAGACAGUCAAGAGGAUUCGGAUAAAUUUUGUCUUCGCUCUAAUUUAUAAUCUGGUUGGAAUUCCCAUAGCUGCUGGAGUUUUUAUGCCCAUUGGUUUGGUUUUGCAGCCCUGGAUGGGAUCUGCUGCAAUGGCUGCCUCGUCUGUUUCAGUAGUACUUUCUUCCCUCUUCCUGAAACUUUAUAGGAAACCAACUUAUGAGAAUUACGAACUGCAUGCCCGAAGCCAGAUGGGACAGAAAAGUCCUUCAGAAAUCAGCGUUCAUGUUGGAAUAGAUGACACCUCAAGAAAUUCUCCUAAACUGGGUUUGCUGGACCGGAUUGUUAAUUACAGCAGAGCCUCCAUAAACUCACUACUGUCUGAUAAACGGUCCCUAAACAGCAUCGGUACCAGUGAACCUGACAAGCACUCACUCCUGGUGGGAGACUGCAGGGAAGAUGACGACACUGCGUUGUAACAGGCCACAAAGAGUGCUACUAGCUGAUGUUAUUAUGCACUGACACAGCAUUCAUAAUGUCACCUUAGCUUUUCAGAAUAUUGCAAGAGGAUGUUAUGUUGGUUUCACGCUCUUACGGUAGGGAUUCCAUUUGAAUUGUAUUUGUCUAAUGGCAAAAAUAUCUUUUUCAGGGCAUCAGCUCUGAACCUAGCUUUAUUUAAAAUAAAUUUCCAGUAUUUUUUGUUUUCACUAGUAACAGAUAAGGUAGACUGGUGAGGUUUACAAUAAGCCCUACAGUUGAAGAUUGCCAAAUUAUUGCCAAAGUGAUAGAAAAUUUUUUAUUUGACCAAAAACACCUCAAAAAAAAAGGAAAUUAAAAAUUUGCAGAUUUGGGAGCAUGAUUUUGAGGAGAUUCUUGAGCCCUCAUCCCUGCCACAUUGGGGAGCAGUGGCUUUCAGAGCACUGUAUAAAGCAUCUAGUUUUAGAAGGAAAAUUGUAGAAACUGUUUAAAAAUAGAUGUGCCUUAUUUAUUACAGGCUUUCUUCCCCCCUUAUUCUCCUUGCGUCUUUGUCUUUCCAGUUGCUUUCUUAGAUGCCCCAGUCUGUUUUCCUUUGUUACCUUAUUUUGAGUGAGCUAAAUGUAGGUGUUUUUUUAUUGAUAAAAAUAACUGACAACUUUUCCAAUAUCUUGUCCCUUUCUUUAUCUUGUAGCUCAAAAGACCUUAAGGAGCCAUAGGGUUCCCUGCUCCCCACCUUUCCAUUGUUGUAAAAAAUAUAUCAGAUUCUUCCUUCAAUGACUCCGUAGCUCUGUGAAGCUUUCAAGUGGCUCCUGCUGAGUAAGCUGUAAAUUGUUCUUAGUGUAGUCUGUCCAUUGGCCUCAGUCCAGAAACUUAAGAUUUUGAGCCUCUUCCACAGUUGAUUUUUUCGAUGAUUAACUCUACUAUCUUUAACAUAUAUGGGUCAUAUAAAAUUACCUGGAUACACUAAAUUUGUCCUUUUUUGGAGAGAAUAGAAGACCUUAGCUGGUGUACAUAAUUUGCUAAAUUUUAAUUAUCUUUUGGUGUUUUAAAUAACCUCUCAAAAGGACUUUAAAAUAAUGCUAUUACACAAAGCUGCUUUUACCAAAAAAUACAAGAUGUUAUACAGAUGUGAGAAUUUUCCUUGGUUGUGAUGCCUUUUAGCCAAAUCUAUACUUUUCUCUGGUCUAAAACAUUUGCACUUGCUAGUUAGUGUGGUUGGCAAAUUCAAGGCUUGUUCUCAUUGUCAUGUAAGUUUAGAAAUUCCCCUGUGAGUGCCUGGGAGUUAAUAUACUGGUCAGAGAUCUGGUAUUUACAUCACUAUUUAAAUUUCCUUGUUAAUUGCAAGAUGGAUUUCAUAUACAGAAUAUGUAAGUGAAGAGAAUUCAUAAGUUCCUAAAUAUUUUGUUCCUAUUGUCAUAUGUAAAGCUGCUAGCACAAUGCCUAGCACAUAGGAUUUGUUCUCAGUAAACGUUAGUUCUUUUCUCCCCUUGAGGUCAGUAAUACUAAAAAUCAUUUUUUAGGGCAGACUCUAAAAAUCAGGUGGGAGUGGGGGAUGGGUUUCUUCCUCUCCUACUUCCUUUCUCUCUUAUUCUUUCAUACACACACAGAAAAGUUUACAGCACUAUUCCAUGCUAUCUUUUCAGUUGUGGAAAAGAUUUCAUUUUUUAUCUCAGCUAUCUUAAAGAGAGAACUGAAACUUUUGGUGAAGGUGCUAUUAAUCUAGAAAGGCAAACCCAUUUUAAUGAAAUAUGAAUGAGUUUGUAUGUGUAGGCUCUUUUUUAGACCAAUGCCUAUGCCAUCUUCCAUGCUUCCAGUUUGAAUUCUAAUAUUUGUUUCUUAUUUUAAUUCCACUGUCCCAUCAUACCACGACUUGUUUCUUGUAGAAGAAACAGCUAAUAUGACUACUAUUAUUAUUAUGUGUGUGUUUCAGCUGUCCUCUUGGCCCCACAUGCCAAGGGACCCACAUGUGAGAAGAGCAGGCUACAGUCUGGGAAAAAUCAAGGAUAUAAUUCAGCCCUUACUACCAGAACAGAAAACAUCCUGUUUAGAAAGAAUCCUGCUUUAACUAUCUGUAGCCAUCUUUGAAUCCUCCACAGCAAGUCUCAUUUACAAUCCUGAACUCCCAUUAGCUUUAUAGAGCAGCUAUAUUCACACAAGGAGAGAGCUGAUAUAUGGAGGGGAUCAAAAACAUUGCUUUCAGUUAGUAAUUAGCUUUAAGUAACUAGUUAUCAGUGAGAACAAGUUUUAUAAAUGUGUGUGUGUGUCUGUUCAUAGACACACACACACAUAUGUACACACACACAUUACCAUAUAGUAGGAAAAUGGAUUUAUAUUUGAAUUUGAUAUUUGAAUAUUUAAAGUUCUUUAUUUGUUGUUCCUUUAACACUCUUCUGUCGUCACUCAGCAACCAUGCCCUCAGUCUGAAGAUAACAAGGACGUUUUGGUAUCCAGUGCUGGUUCAGACUCAACUGUGAGGCACCUCUUAUCUUAAGUAUCCAAAGAUGCCUUUUGAAUUUUAAAGGUUAAAACACAACUAGAGCGUUUAGUGUUGUACUCUAAAGAAGUAUGGUUGUUAGUUGUGAAAAUAGAAAUGUUAUUUUUCCCAGUUUAGUAUCAACAUUUUCAAGUGUUAGAUUUGAUGCCUUGUGAACAAAUAAUUUUAUAUUGUGCUUUAACUUUUAAAAAGUUAUUCUUUUUUCACAUGUAUUCUUUGUUCAGAAUGCUUAAAAUAGUACUGUAGACAAGACGUUUCCAAAAAUUUAAGCGUGCAUAUCUUUUAUGUACACAGCUUAAAAUCAAGAAUAUAUGUUCUUAGAGAAUUUUUUUCCAUUACUUGUGGAUCUUGCUUUAAAAUUAUUUUCCUUAAUAUUUAUUUUACUUUAUUUUGUUAUUUUCUUUGGGUGAGGCAUCUGGUUACUGGUUAUUUUAAUAAGAAUAAAAACAUUCCUGGAAUCACUCCCUUUGGAUUUUUUGUUUAUUUCCUGCUUUUCUAUAUUUUAAAAAAUUUUUACCAAAUAUAAAAAUAUAUAGAUUCAUGCCAAAUUAUUAGCUAUUUUUACACUAAAUUUCUGUAUUCCCUCUGAAAGUUUAUCUCGUUUGAGUAACCAGAUAAAGCACAAAAGAAUGAAUUCUUGUUCUUCAAUUAAAAGAGCUUCGGUAUUGGCAUUGAUAAUAAAUGUCUUUUGUAGCCAAAACCAGGUGUCUCAACCUUAUGUUUUUAGUUAAAGAAAUGUUUAACUAAACAUUGUUAAACAUUGAUUUUUUGGUACCCAAAACAGCAGUGGACGAUGUCGUGCAAUAAUCAUCUACUAUAGUCAAGAUAUUCAGUAGUUUGUUUUUCCAUAAGCAUGUAAUUGAUCAUAUUUCUGCCAAGGAUGUGCCUUCAACUUUAUAAUUAUAGUAUUGUAAAAAAAAA